AUGCCGGCUCCUGAUGUUGUUGAUUAUGAUGAUGAUAAUAAUGAUGGUAAUGAGGAGGAUAACAAUGAUGUUGCUGAUGGUGAUAAAGAUGAUGAUGAUAGUGAUGUUGUUGGUGAUGGUGAUGAUGAUGGUGGUGUUGUUGGUGAUGAGAAUCAGGAGGAGGAGAAAAACGAUGAAAAUGAUGUUGAUGGUAAUGAAGAUGAUGAUGAUCAUGUUGAUGGUGGUGGUGAUGUUGUUGAUGAUGAGGACGAGGAGAAGGAUGAUAUUGAUGAUGAUGAGAAGGAGGAUAAUUAUGAUGAUAAUAAUGAUGGUGAUGAAGGUGAGGAGGAGGAUUAUGAUGAUGAUUUCGAUUAUGAUGAUGGUGGUGGAGGUGGUGGAGGGGGUGGUGACAAUGAUUAUGAUGAUGGGGAGGGGGAUAAUGAUGAUGAUGAUGAUGAUGAAGAUGAUGAGGUUGAUGGAGAUGACAACGAGGAGGAUGAUGAAAAUGAUUAUUAG